AUGAGGCUUUUCAAAGCUCUGAAGGCGCUUCCCUUGCUAAGUGCAGCACUAACCAGCGCAGGCGAGAUCGAGAGACGGGAUUUCUGUCCAAAUGGCCAAUCUACUGUGCAGGUUCAUGUGUCUAGUCAAAUUAUCGAGUACCCGGUCUAUGUCAGCACCGUGAUUAAUGCUCCUACAAUUAUCAACAUUUGGAAUGGUCCUACGUAUAACAUUUACAAACCUACCACAUUUAUCACCAAUGUUUGGGCAACAUACACCGAGACCAAGACAUAUACCGUAACUACUACUACAUCUGUUCCACAAACCGAAAUCGAAACUUCGAGCGAAACAACUACAACGACAGUAUCCGGCUCUACCCUGACGACAAGCAUUUCGGGAUCAGCCACUACUGUUACACUCUCCGGAUCCACUGUAACCACUACUUCGGUCUCUACCAUUUCAGAGUCGGUCAGCACGACCACCAUCUCAGGCUCCUCUAGUACCCUAACAAGUGCUUCAACUGCGUCUGUUUCAGUCAGCACCUCAACCAUCUCCGGAUCAGUUAGUACCACAACUGUGCCCGGCUCGGUCAGCACCUCGAGCAUCUCCGGAUCAGUUAGUACCACAACUGUGCCCGGCUCGGUCAGCACGUCGACUCUUCCAAGCUCAAUAAGCGUCAGUGUUAGCACAGUCUCUAGCUCAUCGGCCUCCAGCGCCUCGGCCGAAACUUUUAUCCUUGCUAUCGAAACAGCAGUACCCGCAAGACAGGUUCGACGGCGACAGGCGACAGUUAAUACAUACAUUCGAGCGGAUGGGUCCACUACUUCGGACUGCCGCGGUGCCAGCAUUUUUCAGAUCAUUGGUGGACAAUUGUUUUCAAAUGGAGGUUAUAUUUCAACCAAUGCAACGAGCUAUUCCAUAUUCUCAAUUGGCUUGGGUGCACAAUACAGCACAACCUUUUCCGCAACCGCGUCGAAUAUCAUUUGGAGUAAUAUUGCAUUCGCAAACCUCUAUGCAUCCUUUUAUCUCUCGCCAUCUCUUGACGUCUUCGCAUCAUUCCAGGGAAGUGUACCAGAAGAUUUUGUAGCUGGUUCUCUGGUGUAUUUUGAUCGUAAGUAG